AUUCAUCUUACGUAUCAAAGAUAUACGUACAAUGUCCAGAGAGAUAUCCCAUAGAUGAGUAAUCACCCCCAACCUUGGUGUUGCUUGUUGCUAUUACGCGACUUCAAAAAACCCAGAAUCUCAAUUGCGAAACUCAAUUGUGCUUCUGUUCUGCUCUUCUCCCGUCUGUUUUGCUCUCCCUCACUCUCCCUCUUCCACUCCCUCUUUCUCUCUUGUCUUUUCUCGCCGUCCUCACCCUCCCUCUCCCGCCCACCAUGUCCGUCCCCGAGGACCAAAGCCUCGCGCCCUCCAUCUCCGUCCGCAACCUCUCCUACACAUUCCCCGACAAGUCCACGGGCCUGCACCAAGUCAGCCUCUCCCUCCCCCCAGGCUCCCGCACGCUCCUCAUCGGCGCCAAUGGCGCUGGGAAAACCACUCUUUUGCGCCUCCUCGCCGGCAAGCGCCUCGCGCCCUCGGGCACCAUCUCCAUCGGCGGUGUCGACCCCUUCAAGGACGGCCUCGAAGGCGUGACAUACCUGGGUCUCGAAUGGGUGCUCAACCCCAUCGUGCGGACGGACAUCGGGGUCGCGGAGCUGCUGCGCAGCGUGGGCGGCGACCACUACGCCGCGCGCCGCGACGAGCUCGUGCGAGUCCUGGAUAUCGAUCUCGCGUGGCGCAUGCACGCCGUGUCGGACGGCGAGCGGCGCCGCGUGCAGUUGGCCAUGGGCUUGAUCCGGCCGUGGCGCAUCCUAUUGCUGGAUGAGAUCACGGUCGAUUUGGACUUGUUGAGCCGCAGUGAUUUCCUGGCCUUCUUGAAGCGCGAGACCGAGACGAGACCUUGUACCAUUGUCUAUGCGACGCAUAUCUUGGAUAAUCUGGCGGCGUGGCCGACUCACCUGGUGCAUAUGAGUCUGGGGAAGGUUAAGGAGUGGGGGGCGAUGGAUCAGUUUAAGUUGACGAGGACCCCGGAGACGGGGAAUAGCAGGCUGGGUGAGUUGGUGUUGGCGUGGUUGAAGGAUGAUUUGGCCGAGAGGGGUCCCAGGAAUAUGGGCGUUGGUAGUGAGGGGAAAGCGUACCUUAACCCGGGGGUUGGCGGGUAUGGGAGUGAGCAGAAGCCGGUCUGAGCUGCUGGUUGCAUUUUGGGUGGUGACGAUGUG